UCUGGAAAUGAGACAGAUAAAUCUGUACACGAACAUUAAAAAGUAAUACUAGCUGUCAUUUUGGUGUUGAAAAUAUUUGUUGCAAAAUUGUGAUUUACUAUUUCAAUGACAGAAAAAAAUAAGGUUUAUAAACGGUUUACAACGACUUAUUCUAUGAACAACUGAAUUUAAAAAAAAAAAGAAAGAAGCGAAAGUAGGUGAAAGGGAUAAACAUGGGCGAUCGGCUGAAAGAGCUCAGAGAGCGCUCUCAGAAAAGGAAGGAAAUUCUUGCUAGAGCAUUUGGUGUUGAAGGACCCGAUGGUUUGAAAGAAGCUCUCAACAUAAAGGAAGAGACCACACUGAAGAAGAAGAGCUUAGGUGAUGGGGAUGCAGGUCCCUCCAAAAAGCUGAAGACUGAUGAUAAUAAAGAGGUGGUGAAAGAACCCAAUGACAAAAAAUCAAAUGCUUCAUCAGAGAAUGAUAAUGACCAGGAAGAUGAAUUUUACAAAGAUUCGAGUACAUUCUUGAAGGGAACACAGAGUGCAAAUCCUCACAACGAUUACUGUCAGAACUUCGUGGAUACUGGAGAGAGGCCCCAGAAUUUCAUCAGAGACACAGGUCUUGCCAACCGAUUUGAGGAGUAUCCCAAGCUGCGAGAACUGAUUCGUUUGAAGGAUGAGCUGAUAUCAAGAACCAAUACACCCCCUAUGUACUUGAAAUGUGACCUUCAAGAAUUUGACCUUGGUGAAAUUGGCUGCAAGUUUGAUGUCAUGCACAUAGAACCACCAUUAGAGGCGUACCAGAGGUCAACAGGUGCAGUGUACGACAAAUACUGGAGCUGGGAUGAGAUUGAGAGACUGAAUAUUCCGGCUGUUGCGGCUCAGCGAUCCUUCAUGUGGAUGUGGUGUGGAAAUGCGGAUGGUCUAGAGAGAGGAAGACAGUGCCUCAAGAGAUGGGGAUUUAGACGAUGUGAAGAUAUCUGCUGGAUAAAAACAAAUCAUAAAAAACCCCUGGAGAAGAGAGCCCUCGAUCCAUCUGCUGUUCUCCAGAGAACUAAGGAGCACUGCCUGAUGGGAAUAAAAGGCACGGUUAAAAGAAGCACCGAUGGAGAUUUCAUUCAUGCCAAUGUGGACAUUGAUCUGAUCAUUGAUGAAGAAACUGAAUACGGCAGCAAAAGCAAACCAGUGGAAAUAUUUCAUAUCAUGGAGCACUUUUGUCUCGGAAAACGUCGUCUGCACAUCUUUGGACGAGACGACACAAUCAGGGCAGGCUGGCUAACAGUUGGUCCUGAACUGACCAGUUCAAAUUUUGAUGCAGGAGUGUAUUCGGGUUACUUCAACAAAAAUCCCAAUGACUUCCUGACAGGGUGUACAGAGGAAAUUGAAAGACUCCGGCCCAAAUCGCCCACUCCAAAAAACAAACAGCAGGGGUCAGAUGGUCGUGGGGGUGGGAGAGGGGCUUCUGGCGGCAGGGGAGGUUCUGGUUCAAGAGGGGGUGGCUCCAAUGCUAGAGGGGGAUCUCAGGGGAGGGGAUCAUUUUCAAGGGAUGGACACUCAUUUUCCAGGGGUUCAUUUUCAAGAGGGUCUAGAUCGAGAGGAGGUGGUUUUAAAGGUAGGGGAGGUGACAGAUAAAUGUGUGUUUUUUAUUGGCAAUGUAUUGUGUUGUUAUGUCUAUACAUCACACGAUCCACUAUGAAUCCCUGUUUUCCUGAUCAGAGUGAUCCGCCCUUAAUUCCUGCAUUUUACUUUGCUAAUUAGUUGAAUGCAAGCUACAUAUGGAAUACACAUUAAUGGUCAAGCAGAAUGAGUGUUUGAUAACCAGUUCAACUACUUGUACUAUUGCAAAAAUUUACCCUUCUCUAGUAUUAUAUCAAAAAUAAAAUCAAAAAUAUUGUUACCGAUAUUCUCAAAAACAAGUACUGAUACUAUAUGUUUUACUUUUAUUGUACAUUUCUUUUGGGUUUACUGCCCAAAUAUUUUUAGUUUGUAUCUAUCAGACAUCCUUAAUGUGGUAUCGUACCUCCUUAAUGUGGUAUCAGACCUCCAUAAUGUGGUAUCAGACCUCCUUAAUGUCGUAUCUGACCUUAUUGUUGAUCAUACCUCCUCAAUGUGGUAUCAUGCCUCCUUAAUGUGGAUCACACCUCUUUAAUGUGGUAUUAUGCCUCCUUAAUGUGGUAUCAGACCUCCUUAAUGUGGUAUCUGACCUUAUUGUUGAUCAUACCUCCUCAAUGUGGUAUCAUGCCUCCUUAAUGCAGUAUCAGACCUCCAUAAUGUGGUAUCAUACCUCCUUAAUGCGGUAUCAUACCUCCUCAAUGUGGUAUCAUGCCUCCUUAAUGUGGUAUCAGAUGUCCUUAAUGUGGAUCACACCUCUUUAAUGUGGUAUUAUGCCUCCUUAACGUGGUUUCAGACCUCCUUAAUGUGGUAUCAGACAUUCUUAAUGUUGUAUAGGACAUCCUUAAUGUGGUAUCAUGCCUCCUUAAUGUGGUAUCAGACAUCCAUUAUGUUUUAUCAGACAUCCUUAAAAUUUCAGGUGUUUUAUAUCAAUCAAAUUUUUACAUAUUCCAAAUUCUGCAUGCUUAUCCAAAUACAUAUGUACAGAUUUUAUUUAAAUUUUAUUUUUUUUUUUUUUUUUUUACCUUAGAUGAUGCUUUAUAUUCAUUAUACAUGUAUAUAUUAUCAUCCCCAGUAUCACAGAGUAUAAGGCUUCUUACGAUUACUGUAAAACGGUGUUGUCGUGUUAUGCAGAAUGUCAUGUAAAUGUUACACAUGAAUGAUGGAAUAUUUUACAAAGUGUCAGAAUACAUUGUCAACACAAUAUAUCUCAAAAUAAAGAUUUGAACAGAU